UUUCUUCCCUUGCAAAAGAUUGAUUUGGCCGAUAGGGUAUUCUCUUUCCACGGCUGGUAGUCAGAGCCUGGGAGUGUCCUAACGCCGAUGGCUGCCUUCGUUUUCCAUCGCUGUGGAGCUCUGGGCCAAUCCACGAGGACGUCCAUAGCUGAUUUUGCUAGGCCGUCUUCCUCACGAUGGCAGGGGUGCCGCCACGGCCAUACAAGAAUCAAGGCUUCGAGGAACUGCGUUAAACUGCAAGCUGCAGGCCCAGGACUGCUGGACUCGCCAACAACGACGUCCCUGCCUGAGCAAGGCACGGAGAGCUCUUACAAGCGACCGCCCAUCUACAAAGUCUUCCUGCAUAACGACAACUACAACAAGCGCGAGUACGUCGUCAAGGUGCUUCUAAAAGUAGUUGAGCAAAUAUCAGUGGACGACGCGGUCACCGUCAUGGAGGAGGCGCACGAGACGGGUGUAGCGCUGGUGGUGGCGUGUCCGCAGGAGAACGCCGAGCGGUACUGCGAGGGCUUGCGGCUCAACGGGCUUACCUCCACCAUUGAGCCAGCAGGGUGUUAGGCAUUAAUUCCAAAUCUCCGCUCAUAUUCGCCGCUGGUUUGGUUUUGACAGCGUCUUGCAGGGUUAGGUGCCUCUAGGCGCCGUUUUGUUGAGUGGAGCUUGAUAUUCGACCUCCAACCGUAUACUGCCCAACCAUCUUGGGCUGGUGGGCGUUAGCGUAUCAGGCUUGAACUGGGUUAAAUCGGAAAGAGGGGGGGACGAGGUUGUAUGCUGUCUUAAAUCGCUAGCACUGCCGGGUGCUCGGCGAGUUGCCUGGGGUGUCGGGGGUGCUGUCCCGCUGUACUAUGCCCCCUGCAUGCGGCGGGUCUUGCGUCCUAGGCAUGGUGAACAAGUAUGCAAGGGUGUUUGCUUAUAGCUUAUGCAUGGUGUCUUGGAGCGUGUUUGGGAUGGCAAGUUGGCGGUAUUUAUGUAUUAGGUUUGAGGCCACGUGAUCUUAUUAGCCGCUUUGCCCCCACGCGAGCUGUGAUUGUGUACUUUAUCUGCUGGAGCGAUGUGCGAGUGUGAGCCGAGAGAGGGUGUGCCUGUGAGCUGCGGGCGCUGGUGCGAGGCGCCGGUACCGCUGUGUAUUCGAAAGCGCGUGGAUGUUUUAUUCGAAACCAAGCUAAAGGGAUGCGAGGUCUGCUAACUAUGAGUCUAUGACGGCAAGGCGCGGUGGGACUUUUGUUUUUGGCGAUCGCCGAAAGGGUGUGUUUUGUUUCAUCAUGUUUCUUCCUUUGCAGAAUUUGUCAGUCGACUUUUUGUUAUUACACAGACAGUGCACGGCUUUGCGUUUACUAGUUGGGAUUCUUGCUUCACCUUGGUCAAGACACGAAUCUUGUCGUACGCCCAACAUUAAUGACAAUGGCGCAAUGUUGUACACAUGCACUGUAACAAAAGCGCGU